AAGAAAGUCAUGACGGCCCGGGGGGGUCCAGCCAAACCCGCCCGGAUGCGCCACUCACAGUAGAAGGCAUCUCCGUCCACCUCACUGCUACAUCUCUCACUCCCGUCGCUCCGCCUGUGAACCCGGUUCCGGUUAUUUUAAACGUAGUCUGGCAUUCACCUCAUCCGCCAAGCGGCUUCCCUUGCUUGCUUUUCCGCAUCCUCGUCUCGUCUCGUCUCUGUCUCGUCUCUCAGUAUCGCACAUCGCCGUCAAAAUGGCCGCUCUCCGCUCUUCGUCCGCCCGUGUCUUCGCCGCUGCCUCCCGGCCGGCCUUCCGCCCCGUCGUCGCCGCCCGCGGCAUGGCCAACCUUGCCGACGGUGCUACCCAGAGCCAGCAGGCCUCUUCGGAGCAGAGCCCCAAGCUCAAGACCUUCCAGAUCUACCGCUGGAACCCCGACACCCCGACCGAGAAGCCGCGCAUGCAGAGCUACACCCUCGACCUCAACAAGACCGGUCCCAUGGUGCUUGACGCCCUUGUCCGCAUCAAGAAUGAGCUCGACCCUACCCUUACCUUCCGCCGCUCGUGCCGUGAGGGUAUCUGCGGUUCCUGCGCCAUGAACAUCAACGGCACCAACACCCUCGCCUGCUUGUGCCGCAUUCCCGCCGACAACAGCGCUGAGAUGAAGAUCUACCCCCUUCCUCACACCUACGUCGUCAAGGAUCUCGUCCCCGAUCUUACCCUCUUCUACAAGCAGUACAAGUCCAUCAAGCCCUACCUCCAGAGGGACACUCCCUCCCCUGAUGGCAAGGAGUAUCGCCAGUCCAAGGCCGACCGCAAGAAGCUCGAUGGUCUCUACGAGUGCAUUCUUUGCGCCUGCUGCUCUACCUCGUGCCCCUCCUACUGGUGGAACUCCGAGGAGUACCUCGGCCCCGCUAUCCUCCUCCAGUCUUACCGCUGGCUAGCCGAUUCCCGUGACGAGCGCACCGCCGAGCGCAAGGACGCCCUCAACAACUCCAUGAGCUUGUACCGCUGCCACACCAUUCUCAACUGCACCCGCACCUGCCCCAAGGGUCUCAACCCCGGUCUCGCCAUUGCCAACAUCAAGAAGGAGCUUGCCUUUUAAUUGCGUCAACUACGACAAUGCGAUUUACUCUGUGCGGAUCAGAAAAGCGAAUACGUCGAGGAGAGAGAACCGCGCGGAUGUGGCGGGAAACUUGCUCUUGACUAGCGAGAAUGGUGGCGGGUGGUUCGGGAAGAUCCGGGCACGGUACAUGUAACGAACCUGUACCCUGUCUUGUGCAUGGCUGGAGUUUACUAUUGUCACAGUAACAGCAAUACGAAAUUGGUUUUUUUUUUGUGUCAAAUACACCUUUUUCUAUAUCCUUUGGGGGGCCCAUCCGAUAGCCAGAGCAAUGCGGCAUUGGAAGCACUGGCUAGAGGCUUUAUUUUGGAUGAGGUAUAUGUUGAAUUAAUCAGGCGUCAAAAUAGCGAACACACAACUGCUUUUGCAACCCAAAGCUACAGACAACCCGCUUUGGUGUUCCUCUAUCUUCUGAGAUUCACACCUGCGCUAACACUUGACAAAAAUUUCGGGUAAUAGGGAUACCUGGAUGAGAACGACAAGCACUGAAUAGCGCAAUAGAUCUUUAUCUCCAUCACCGCGGUUACCUUUUCGCAUCAAUUACCGGCACUUCCGGCUUCACUUCCGACUAUUACCAGUAUCAUCACCGCUUCGGGUUCCGUACGAGGUUCAUUACUCCGCCGUAUCCGCAAUGGUGAAGAUGGGUUCAUACACAAGAUCAACCGGCACAAAGUCCUGAGUGGUGGUAGCCUGGGCUGCUCGUUUCAUCUUAUCGUCAGCAAUUACACACCUCUCACAAUAUCAAUACGUUUCGAAAUAUGACUUACGAUACUUCCACUUAACAACCCACCCACCCCUUUCCACCUUCGAACUCUUAAACG